AUGGCUCGAUGUUUAGCAACCUGGUCUCUACUGGCCGUUGCCAGCACUGUUACUGUUGCGCAGACCACCAUCAGUGAUGAUCGGACUACCGCGACCGGUACCACCAUCAGCGUCAGUGAAGUCGCAACGCCUUCUGGUGCCUACCAGUCAUAUUCGUCCCAGAUCACCCUCGAUACCACAGACUUGGGAUCCAUAACCACCGGCGACGGCACAAGCUCCACAUUCACCGACAAUGCAACCCAAUCGACCGGACAAUCGACAGUAAAGACGUCGGCCACCGACACCGUCACGUUCUUGACCGGUGCUGCAGGCACUUCAACCACGAGGAUAGGCAACUUCUCGACAUCAGCAGCAACGUCUGCUGCGCCGACCGUCACCAACACCCAGCCGUGCAACAACUACCCCGAGUUCUGUGCACGGAAGUACAGCAACAUCACCGAGAUCUCCUGCCACAACUCGCCCUUCGUACAAACCAACAACCUGGCUGCAAACCAGCAGUAUGACGUUACGCUACAACUAGAUGACGGCGUGCGCUUCUUGCAAGCCCAGAUACAAUGGCCGACAAACGCGACAUCCGGAGAUGCGCCGCACUUCUGCCACACAAGUUGCGAUAUUCUUGACGCCGGGCCCAUCACGGACUGGCUCACCAGUGUCAAGGACUGGGUAGCCGCGCAUCCAUACGAUGUUGUCACCAUUCUUCUGGGCAACGGAAACUACUCCAUCCCUUCCAUGUAUGUGCCAUUCAUCGAACAGACCGGAAUCCUCCGGUACAUCUACACGCCUCCCGUCGUCCCAAUGACCUUGGGCGACUGGCCUACACUGACCGAGAUGAUCUUGGGAGGUAAACGGGUUGUGAUGUUCAUGGACUACAUGGCGAACCAAACCGAAUAUCCCUGGCUGCAGGACGAGUUCGGAUCCAUGUGGGAGACGCCCUUCGACCCUACGAACCAGACCUUCCCCUGCGAUGUUGCCCGGCCUCCCAAUCUGUCCCACAACGACACCAUGAACCGCAUGAGCCUCAUCAACCACAACCUGAACCUUCCGCUCAACAUCCUGGGCGCCUCCAUGCUGGUACCCGCCCGAACCGAGCUGAACGUGACGAACAACGUGACAGGCUACGGCAGUCUGGGCCUCGCGGCGGACACUUGCGUCGGCGAGUGGGCAAAGGCGCCCAACUUCCUCAAUGUGGACUACUAUAAUGACGGCGGGUUCCCGGGUUCCGUCUUUGAGGUCGCUGCAAAGAUGAACAAUGUCACGUACAACCGCAAGUGCUGCGGCGUGUCGACGAGCGGCGCUGCGAGGCACGUUCUCGGCGGUAGCGGUGUAGCGUAUGCGAUGGGCAUCCUUGCACUGUCCUGGGCGUUGCUGUAA